CAUGUAGUGCUACGCCUCACUUUGUACCGUCUACGGCAGACUCUGCGCCGCUGUGGCUUGCGCGCGGCCGUCGUCGGCAACUUUCGUUCCCAUACAAAUAAUUUUUUUCCCUCCUUUGCAUGUCACCACAACCCAACAGGCGCCCUUUGCACGACGUUGCAUCGCGCAUGGUUCGAACCAAUAUGUCCCCUUUUUUCUAAUCACCUGUUUGGUUUUCCUCUCGCUCUGGCGUGGAGCGGCUCUUUUCUAUUUCCCCCCCUUCACUUUGGCCGGGCCGUUGCGCUUCCUUGCAGAUAUUUGUUUGCUUUGUCUCAAGAGCCGCAUCGUCUCACGUCAUCGGAAGCGCCGUCGCAUAGCCAAUAUUUCUUUUAUGCAAGCAGGCCCUGCGUCUGUGCUGUAGAAUUUUUCUCUCCUUUCUUGAUAGGCGGCGUGCCCGUCUGUUACACCAUCAACAAACAUCGCCAACGAUGACAGAGGCGAAAUCUUCAUCGCCAGUGGCAACGUCCAAGCCGGACAAGGACGCGCAAUGGUCCAGCGACAGUGAUGCAGAGAGCGGCCUUGGAGUCACGCUGCAGUCAAUUCUCAAGUCUGGCCGCGUCGAGCAGAAUGGCAUCGUGCCGAUCCCUCUAGAGGAUCGCAAGAAUACCCGCUUCUUCAACAUUUUUACCGUCUGGGCGGCCAUCAAUACCAAUAUUCUUGGUGUAUCUUUUGGCAUCCUCGGUCCCCUAGUCUACGGUCUCAGCCUCCGCGACUCGGCCCUCGUCAUCCUCUUCUUCAAUCUCCUCUCUGUCAUUCUCCCCGCCUACCUCGCUACCUUUGGUCCCAAGACGGGCAUGCGCCAGAUGAUUCAGGCCCGGUACAGCUUUGGUCGAUAUAUCGUCUCUGUAGCCGUCCUCUGCAACCUGGCCACCAUGAUCGGCUUCACCAUCUUCAUUUGCAUCAUUGGCGGCCAGUGUCUCGCUGUUGUCUCAGGCGGCGGUCUCUCGCUCAACGUCGGCAUUGUCAUCAUCUCCGUUCUCUCCCUCAUCGUCUCGUUCUGGGGCUUCAGACUCCUCCACAUCUUUGAGAGGUAUUCUGCUGUAUUGGCCGCCAUCAUCGUCAUCAUCACCACUGGGUAUGCCGGCCGUGGCUUGACCAAGCAGCCCGCCGAGCCACCCGUCGCCACGGCUCGUGGCGUGCUCAACUUUGGCAUGGCUGUUGCAAGCUACCAGAUCCCCUUUGGAGUGCUUGCCAGCGAUGUAACCACGUAUUUCGACCCCAAGGUCCCCUCAUGGCGCGUCUUUGCCUACACGUAUGCAGGCCUCAACAUUCCCAACAUCAUCGUCAUGACUCUUGGCGCGGCCCUUGCUAGCGCCAUGCCCUACAACGAGAGCUGGAGCAAGGGCUACGAGGCUUUCGAGGUGGGUGGCCUUCUCGGCGGCGUCCUCGAGCCAGGGGGUGUCUUUGGCAAGAUCAUUCUCGUGUUGCUCUCCCUGACGCUGCUUGGCAACACUUGCGCCACAUUUUACUCCGUCACCCUCAACUUCCAAACCUUAAUCCCGUGGCUUGUCCGCGUCCCACGUUACGUCUUCUCGUUUGUCGUCACAGGCAUCAUGAUCCUCGUCUCCAUUCUGGCUGUCGACAACUUCACCGAGGCCCUGCAAAACGCCCUCUCCCUCAUUGCCUACUGGUCCAGCACAUUCAUCGGUGUAGUCAUCGCCGAGCACAUCUUCUUCCGCGGCAGGGACUUUAGCAACUACAACCCUGCCCACUGGGACGAUGCUUCCAAGCUUCCACUAGGUGUCGCUGCUCUUGCAGCCAGCAUUUGCACCAUUGCUGCCGUCGUGCCGCUCAUGGACCAGAACUACUGGCGCGGUCCGGCAGCGGCUAGCAUCGGUGACAUUGCUUUUGAAAUGGCCUUUGUCAUAAGCUUCAUCAUCUAUGUCCCCAUGCGAUGGGUCGAAAAGAGGCUAACAGGCCGAUGAGCCAGCCUUGUCGGCCCCGGUACCCGCGGGACCACCACGCAUGACACUGCGUACACCGAAUACGACAAGAAACUUGCUCACAGGGCGUGGUUGAUGUCGGGCAACACUCCCAAACAAACAGAUGCGUUACAUCUGGUGCAUUCUUAUUCCUCUUGUUCAAGAGAGUCGAGUAUUUCGUGGCAUACCAACCUUUUUGGCUUCUUGUUUCUGCAUUACAUAGCAUCCAACCGGCGUUUUUUUUGGCUCCUUCGCAUCCUGUUUAUAUAGAAUUGAUCGAAAUAUAAUCUUGUAUUUUUAAGCAGUAGUUCCCAUCCCGUUUGUGAUUACCGAAAACAUAUCCUCAACAGCCGAUAGUGGAAUUAACAAGCUCAAUGGCCUUCUUGACCAAUUCGCGGUCAUCCUUAAAGGUCAACUUCUCCAGAGCUUCAUCAUAGCUGUAAAAUCCAAUGUCAAACUUGUCCUUCUCGUGCUGGCCGACGGGAUCUCCUUCAUUGACAGCCGCCACAAACCACCAAAUCAGUUUAAGGCCACUCUCUUUGAGAUUCCGCGUCUGUAGUAGAAUGGGCUCGCAUAUUCCCUUGUAGAAGCGUACCUCGUCGGGCAGAUCCUCGGUCUCAAUCGUAGGGCAGACGCGGGAAACCAAGUUCACAGGCAAUAGGCGGCAAGAAAUACCAGUCUCUUCCGUGGUUUCGCGCGUAGCCGUUGUUUGACGGGACUCGCCGAGGUUGCGACGGCCCUUGGGAAGGAUGUACUCGCCUCGUUGGAGAAAGUGUAGGACACAGAUUUCUCGACUAGAGAGCCGGAAAAGAAUGGUACCUGCGCUUUCGACGAAGUUUUCGGCUGUGUAUAUCGCUGUCUCAAAUGGCGAGGCAGCCAUAAUCACGAGGUAGUCCGCAGCGAUGGGAUCUGUGAGAUGGUACUGUACAGCACAUAAACGCUUGCAAGGAAAAAGGGACUCGUGCCGAUGUUUAUAUUUUGCUGCGUCGCAAGGGUCAGACGUACGAAUUUAAAUCUACUGACUGCGCGUGGCCGUUGACAGCUGAUGAUUUGGUGCGGCCACUUGCGGUGAAAUUCUUGCAUAGAGGCAACUAACAUGGGCUUGCAGAAAUCGUCUUGGCCAGCAGUGCAAAAGAUACUUGCAACGGAUAUGGCCCCUUCCAGUCCAAUGUCGACGCAACGGCGACACUCGACGC